AUGGAUCUCUCCUCUCUCGAAGGCCCCCCCAUUGUCGACACCCGGGCUGGGAUCCAAUCGAGAUCUACCCCGAUCCCUCAUAUCCAAGAAGAGCCCCCGACACCGCAGGGAGGUACACACUUUAACCUCUAUUCCAAACCCCUGCCACCUCGACCGGCGUCGGCGGAUCCGCUGUUCGCGCGCCCGCUGCAUCGCCAUAGCAUAGAAAGCCACCCAUCGAGCUCGAGUUGUGCUCGACAGGAGAAUGAUGGCAGCCUCCGACGGACCUAUACACAGAGUGGACAAAGAGACUCACCCAGCGAGCGCCUGCUCCGCGUUAACACAGUGCAUUCCGCGCACCCGGCGAACCUAAUUGAUCCCGCUCGUUAUGCACGAUCUCGAUCCCCACCACUCCAUAUACCAACUCAGCCGACAGCGAGCACACUCCCCCGACGAACACGUAGUUGCUGUACACUGGUUUGGCUGGAGGACGAGGAGCUCUGGGCUGUUACAAACCCCACAGACUCCCCGACGUCUCCCCCGGCGAGAAGGCACUGCCCACCCGUUCGAGUCCAGGCACCGUUGGCCCAAAGACCGGCAGAGCUCCCGUCGUCCCGGCAUCAAGACGAUGCGCAAGUUUCGCUAUAUGCGAAUCAUGCCAUUCCGAUGUCUCCGGUGUCACCGCUUUCACCUCCGCCGUCUUAUGACAGCCACCGGUUCAGUCCCACGCACGUAAUGCGCCAACGACAGAGGUCGACCUCAGGCUGGGGCGCGGUCGCCCGUCGUGUGCACAAUUUGUCGAAUCGAUGA